CAAAUUGCGCAUGGCAGAAUAUCUGUAUUAGAGUUCAGCGAACAGUUCACGAUUGGUCACAGAGUAUUAAUAAAACUCUGCAUGUUUCUAUUUAGCCCAUCACUUAAAUUACGUGUGAAUAUUAUGUUGUACAAGCAGCUAUGUAUUUCUCAGUAAAAAUUCUUGCUCUUUUUGUGAUUCAUAGUACAUCCUUCCUUGUUAUCAUAUGACGGUGCGUCACGCGUUUGGAGCUACUUCCUGCUGUUGGCAGCAAACAGCGAAUAUUGUGUUGAGUGCUGCUGAAUAGCUGUCAAGAGCUCAACGAAGUUAAGCUUUAAAUAAACUGUCGUGGAAAGUACAUUCUUACAUCUCUAAUUAGGAUUAAGGGUGCCCAAAAUGUCUUUGUAUCCAUCACUUGAGGAUAUGAAAGUCGAUCAGAUGGCAAGGGCCCAGUAUCAAGCCGUAACAGAAUACGCUCCACCGCCACCAGCUACCACUAUGCCCUUGCCAUACAGUGUGUCCCCAUCUGCACCUGCUUCUUUCGGCACCACACUGUAUCCAACACUAAAUGAAUUCAUGGGAUUGGAAUUGUCUCAAGAAGUAAUUGCACAAAAUAUGCCUGAAUAUGCUAUUGCUGUACCUCCACCGAGAGAAGUAGCUGUUCCAUCUGCAACAGGAGGUCCUCUUUCUGGUAUGAUUGCACCACUGUCAGGUCAGUCGUUGGGUUUAAAAAGAGCACAGGUCACCCAUGGAGUUAGGGAGCUUACAUUGUGCAAGGAUUCAGCAGGAAAAGUGGGAGUCCGUGUCAAAGCAAUUGAUAAAGGAGUUUUUGUGUGCCUAGUAACAAAAGGCUCUCCUGCAGCACUUGCUGGACUUAGAUUUGGUGAUCAGAUUUUGCAGAUAAAUGGUACAAUUGUUGCAGGAUUUUCAAUGGAUCAAGUCCAUGAUCUGUUCCGCAAAAGCCCAGUUAAUGGCAUAUCUGUUGUUGUAAGAGAUAGGCCAUUUGAGCGAACAGUUACUUUGCACAAGGACAGUGUUGGUCGAAUUGGAUUUCAGUUUAAAAAUGGAAAGAUCAUCGCCAUUGUGAAAGAUUCAUCUGCUGCACGCAAUGGACUGCUUAUAGAACAUUAUCUACUGGAAGUCAAUGGACAGAACGUUGUUGGGCUAAAAGAUAAAGAAAUAACUAACUUAAUUGAAGAAGGUGGCCAAGUUGUUACUGUUACAAUAAUGCCAGCCUUUGUAUAUGAGCACAUGGUGAAGAAGAUGUCAACAAGUUUGCUGAAGGGCUCAAUGGACCAUUCAAUUCCAGAUGUCUAAAUACAGGUGACUGUUUUAUAUUGUGUCUUUUGCCAUUACCUCUGUAAUAUUGUGAAAUUCCUUUGAUGUAUUUUUGUGUACUAUAUCAGUGAUAUCUCUGCAUUAAUGGAAACUUGUGUUAUUGCAUGAAAAUAUAUGUAUGCCAAGUUAGUUAUCUGAUUAAAAUACAUUUGUCCUCA